AUGUCCAAUAAUACUCAAAUAUACCUGGCGACAUAUUCCAAUGUCCCGGUGUUCGAGUUUGUCACGCUGGAGGGCCCAAUAAUGCGCCGAAAGCUGGACCUGUGGAUCAAUGCCACCCACAUCCUCAAGAUUGCUAAGUUUCCUAAGGCAAAGAGAACUCGGAUUUUGGAGAAAGACGUUCAAACGGGCAUCCAUGAGAAGGUACAAGGUGGUUAUGGUAAAUACCAGGGCACUUAUGUCCCAUUAGAUCUUGGCAGGGAAAUUGCCGAGCAGUUUGGUGUCCUCGAAGUGCUUAAACCUAUAUUUGAUUUCGAAUACGUUGAAGGUAAACUGGAAACACCCCCGCCGGCACCAAAACACAAUCAUGCUAGUGCCCUCAACAUUAACAAGAAGCGACCGGCAAAGAAAGUCGUUGAGGAACCAAAGAAACGUGGAAGGCCCAUGAAAACAAAUGGCCCACUGCUAAUGGGAGCUCCCAAUAUCAAUAAUCCCAUACCAGCGCUUCAUCGUCAUGAUACUCAACCAAUAUCUCAGCCAAUGCUACGCGGCCGACUGGGACCACUGCUAGGAUCAUUCGAUCUGCAACGGUUCGACAUGCAACGCUUGUCUCUGUUCCCCGCUCUUUUAUCGCGACAUGAUACCGACGCCGACUCAAUAAGUUUGGCUUCACGUCAAUUGACACAGGAAGAUCUUGAGGAAGUGCGAGACGAUGAGGACGAUGAUUUGAAUGGAAACAAUAUACCUAAUAGCCAGACCAUCCAGCCAAUAAGUGCGUCACCGCGUGAUUCUUUCGUGAAAGCAGUUCAUGCACUGCUGAUGGGUGGAAUUCCAUUUACCCCGCCUGUAACAAGUGGUGGACUGGUACACCUGCUGACGACAUCUCCAUUGCCAGAUGCUAAAUGUGAACCAGCUGUUCCAGUGAGUACCUUCACCGCGUUCCAUGAGAAUCUUGUCAACUUUUUUGCCAAUGAUAGUAAAAUGGAAGUGGACGGUCAAGGUGAGCUAAUUGUUCCUGCUUCAAUUGCUAAUCCGCCUGAACCUCGCGAACAAAUUCCGAUUAAUGCCCCCGUUGAUACCGAUGGUAACACUAUAUUUCACUGGGUUUGCCUGAUGGGUCUGAUUGCAGAGCUUAAUUUCUUGAUGCGGACAUUUCCUCAUUUGAACAUCAAUGUCAAAAAUAAGGAUGGCGAGACUGCCUUGAUGUUUUUGGUCAAAUAUAACAAUGCUUACCAAUUGAAGACGUUCCCUGAAUUACUUACGAUUUUGGAUUCUACAUCGCUGGCUACCGAUAACCAAAAUCGUAACAUACUUCAUCAUAUCAUCAGUUUUGGGUGUCAAGAACUGAGACUGACCCAACGAGAACGAGUUGCACGUUACUAUUUGGAGGAGGUGUUGGACAAAUUCAGCGAAAGAGCUGAUUUCUCACAGCUAUUAAAUCACCAGGAUAGUGAUGGUAACACACCACUUCACAUCGCAGCGUGUUCUCUCAAGAAAAAACUCAUCAAAAGCUUUUUGCUGUAUCAUCAACGUAUUGACUUUCGGCUCAAGAAUGCUAUGGACUAUAGUGUUGAAAACUACUUGGCAGCCCACAAUCAUGUCCUUCGUCUCGAUAGUGCCAUCUUGGAAAAUGAUGAAAUUGCGCUGGCAAUGGACGCGAAGCUGUUUGAAUCGCAACUUUACUAUAGUAAGAUGGCCAUGGACCUUCAAAAUCUGACAGCCAAUGCUAUCACGGAGAAUCUUACAGAGUUGGCCUAUGCCAUUGACAAAGAGUUGCUGCAGAAAGAUGAAGUCAUCUACCAGGUUAUAAGAGACUUGCAACAGCGACGACAAGUGAUGCUUGAUUCACAAAUUGACGUUUUUCGCCUAGUACAAGUUGAUGAGCUUAUUGAAGCGGCGGAUAGAAUCAAGUCCAAUGGCUCCACAUCGGAUGGGAUCGUCGAGUUCAAAAGCGAGCAGGUGUUGCAGGAGGAGGUCAUUAGACUACAAAACGAUUUGUGCUUCCAAUACCUUCAUGCGCAAGAAGAGUUGGAUGAACGACUCAAGGACUAUCGCCACAAUCUUGAACGAUUCCACCGUAGUCUUUUGAAUGAAACGAAUGAUUCAGAAGACGGCGGGUCCGACAGUGAUAAACUCGAGCUAGCCAAGACACUCACUGAAAGCAUUAUAAAGCGUCAGCAACUCACCAACCAAUUGAUUGACAAACAAAUCGAGGUUUCAUUUCGAUGUGGUGAUGCUGACAAGGAAAAUGAUGACGAUCGUCUACAAAAAUACUUCAGAUUGAUUCUGAUUGCUUGUGACAUGCUGGUGAGUGAGGUCGAGCAACUGAUCCAUCUCAUUGAGCAAAGUCUUGCCAAUGGUUCUGGCGAAACUGUGUAG